UAGUAAAAAAUUGUGCUGGGAUCACAUUUACUUGUUUUUUUUUUAAAUAAAGUCAUUUGAUGGUUUGAAAAUGGCACCCAAAAAGGCACCUGCCGCAAAGAGCCCUUCUCUUCCUAAAGGUUCCGAGGAGACGGUUUCGGAUGACUCGAAAACAGGGGCUCCGCAAGAGUCGAGGAAGCCUGCUGCGGUGCGCAGGGCCGCGUCUCACCCUUCCACCAUGGACAUGGUGAAGGAGGCAGUGAAGGAGCUCGACUCGAGGAAGGGCGUCUCCGCGCAGGCGGUGCGCAGCUUCAUCAGGCGGAAGUACGCGACGGUGGGCGAGAGCAGGGUCAACGCAAUGGUCCGGAAAGCGCUCGUUAAAGGACUCGAGUCGGGCGCCUUCGUGCGCCCUGCGGCUUCCAGUACGAUCACUGGCGCCCAGGGUCGAUUCCGGCUUGCAGCUAAGCAGCCUAAAGAAACGAAACCGAUUAAGAAGGCCAACGAGGCAAAGGAGAACGCUAAUCCCAACGUUGGCAAGGCCAAAGAGCCUAAAUCGAACGAGAUGGGGGCCGAGAAAGCUAAGCCUGUGAAGAAAGUAAAGUCUGCUGUGCAAAAACCCGAGCCUGGUGGUGGGUCAAAAGUGGCCCCAGCUAAGAAGCCGAAAGCCAAGCAGCAGGCUGGGUCGGGAGCGGUGGGAGAGGGAAAGCUGCGUCCUGAAGCACUCGAGGCCUCAGGUGGUGAGCAUGGAGACUCAGGAAAAGCUGUGCUGAAGAAGGUGAACAGAGGGGUAGUGGAAAUGAAAGCAGGGCAGAGCGAAGGAGUCGGGGUCACCACCUUGAAGAGAGGCGCUCGGAAAGCACCAGCAGGAAAGAAGGCCCCUCCAAAAGCAGGGGCUGUUGGUGCUGCGGAGCUUGUUGCUGAACCUCCUAAAGCCUCAGCCAGAAGGGGCAAGAAAGCAUCUUAAAUGUUCAUUAUAGUGUCUUUUAAAUGUCUGCACUUUUUUUUUGUUUUUUAAACAAACAUUAAAAAUAAAGCCUUUUGUACUUGA